AUGGCCUUGACAGAAGAAUCGCUGGCGCCGAAUGAGGCCUUUGGUUCAUAUGUCGAGCAGCAAUUAGACAGCAAGCGCGUUGCUCCGCAGCCAACGAAAAAUCUGCCUAUCGAUGACGGAACUCCAUACGUUAACGGUCAUCGUGGAAUAACAGCACCGUUGUCGAAUGGCACUACAGUCGAAAAGAAAAGCCCACUCACGGAUAAAAGCAGAUAUUCCAUUCCAAUGGAUGACAGGCUUGCCUUUACAGCCCGCAAGCUUCGGGUAGUCACAGUUGGCGCAGGCUUCUCCGGCCUCUUGAUGGCUCACAAGUUUCAACAUCGCUUUCCUGAAAUGGACAAAAUUGUCGAGCACACCAUAUUCGAGAAGCGCGGGGACUUUGGUGGCACUUGGCUUGUUAACCGGUAUCCAGGAGCAUUUCCAUUCGACCCCAAUCCAGAGUGGACAAAAUUCUAUUCCAGUGGGCAGGAAAUCCAUCAAUACAUCGUCAAAACUGUAAAGAAAUGGAACCUUGAUCGAGAUGUACAAUUGAACACAGAGGUUACUGCGGCGACUUGGGAGGAAUCAAGAGGUCAAUGGAAAGUGACCGUGGCACAUAAUGGCCAGACUCGGGACGAAUGGGCAGAUGUUCUGAUAUCCGGCCACGGGGUUCUUGACGUGUAUAAGUGGCCUGAAAUUCCUGGACUUACCGACUUCGUGGGCAAACAAGUUCAUUCAGCCUACUGGGACGAGGACUAUGAUUACUCCCACAAGAGAAUUGCAGUCAUUGGGAAUGGCUCAUCGGGAGUUCAGAUAGUGCCUCAAAUGGCCAAGCUACCCGGCACAUCGGUCAUGAAUUUCGCCCGUGGCCCGUCAUGGAUAUACUACCGUGUCCCGCCAUCACAGCAUCUCGGCAAAUCAGGAAAGUCAGGAAACAACCCGGAAUAUACUGAAGCUGAGAAGAAGAACUUUCGAGAAAAUCCUGAUGCCAUGAGGGAACAUCGAAAGGCUAUGAUUGGCCGUACCAACAGAGCUUUCAGAAUGUUCAUCAAAGACUCGGAGGCAAACAAAGAAGCCAUGAGAGCAGCUCGUGAACAAAUGGCGGAAAGGCUUGGACAUGACGCUCAACUCUGCAAGAUGCUGAUCCCCGAUUGGUCUCUGGGCUGUCGACGUAUCACACCCGGAGAAGGCUACCUUGAAUCAUUUCUCCUGCCGAAUUGUGACAUUACGCAAAGCCCAAUAACCCAUAUCUCAGAGAAUGCUGUCCACACCGCAGAUGGCAUGGUACACGAGGUGGAUGUCUUGGUAUGUGCAACGGGAUUUGACGUCUCAUUUCGACCCCAGUUCCCUACUAUCGGUCGAGAUGGUGUCGAUCUCAGGCAAAAAUGGGGCGAGGAGCCUGAAGGCUACUUUUCUGUCGCCGCUGACAGGAUGCCGAAUUACUUUACGGUCUUAGGUCCAAACGCAGUCGCUGGACACGGAUCUCUGCUCGAGGCGAUGCACUGGAAUGGUGAUUACUUCAUCCGCUGGAUUAAAAAAAUGGCGGAAGAAGAUAUCAAAUCAUUUUGCCCCAAAACUGACGUGAUAGAUCAGUUUGUCAAGUACGGGGACGAGAUUCACAAGUCUCUGGUUUGGACAGCGCCUUGUAAGAGCUGGUACAAGCGAAACGAAAUCAACGGGAGGGUGACAGCAUUGUUCGGUGGCAGUGGGAUGCUUUAUAAACGCAUCAUUAGCGGUGAACUUCGAACGGAAGAUUUUGACAUUGAGUAUCGAAGCGCCAAUAGGUUCAAAUUCAUGGGAAACGGUUUUACGGAGAUGGAAAUGAAUCCCGAAAAUGAUCUGGCCUGGUAUAUUGAACACUAA